AUGGGUUUUGCUAAUGCAUAUUCUAACAGCAACUGUCAAAUAUUGAUCUUCUGGGAUGAGGCAGUGGAUUGUAGGGUGGUUGAAGAGAGUGAGCAGAAAGUUACUUGUAGCUUUAACUGGAUGGGGACUAAUAUCCUCAUUACUUUUGUGUAUGUUAAAUGCAUUGCUGACUUUAGGAAAGACUUGUGGGAGAACGUUAAAAACAUCUCAGACAGAUACAGUCUUUCUCAGUACAUUGCAGGGGAUUUUGAUUGCAUUGUCGACCCUGUUGAGAAACAAGGUGGGAGCCCUCACAGAAUGUCCAAAAGUUUAUCCUUUUUGCAAUGUAUUAUGGAUUGUGAUCUCAUUGACCCUGGUUAUUCGGGCUCUACUUUUACAUGGUGUAAUGGUUGGCAAGUUGAUAAGAGGGUUUGGAAGAGAUUGGAUAGGAUACUUGUUAACAUGAGUGAACCAGUUGAAAGAGCUUGGAAUGUGGAAGUACAAGGAUCUCCAAUGUGGAGGUUCCAUCUCAAGUUGAAAAACACUUGCAAGAAAUUGUCAGAAUGGUCAAGAUCUUCUAUUGGAAAUAUCUUUGAGAAGGUUAUUAAAAUGGAAGAAAAGGUGAGGGAACUGGAGGAAAAAAUCAUCAAUGACAACACAGAUAUGAAUAGAGGUGAAUUAAAUCAUGCAAAUUCUCUCCUGAUUAGGGCAUACAAGAAGGAGGAAUCAUUCUGGAAACAAAAAUCUGGGGUGAAAUGGUUUGUGCAGGGUGAGGUGAACUCAAGGUUUUUUCAUUCGAUUAUUAAAGGAAGGAAGAAGAGAUUAUCUCUAAAGAAGAUUAGGGGGAAUGAUGGAAACUGGAUUGAAGGGGAAGAAGAGAUUGCAAAGGAGUCUGUCUUCUAUUUCCAAAAAUAA